UUGAAGGGUACAAUAGGACUUACAAUCGCCCCGACCGAUAAAAUGCUCUUGAGCUGCUACUGAGCUUUAUUCCGUGAGUCCAGUCCAGUCGUACACUGCUCAAGUGGAGGCUUCAACACCUUUGUGUUCUGUUGCUUGUUGGUGAUGCGGAUGAAACGUCAAGGACCUAUAGGGACAAGGGUAUGGUACCUGGCCAUCAAUGUCAUCAUUCUACAUCUUCUUCAAGGAUCCGUGUCAGAAGCAGGAUGUCCUUCUAACGUUGGAACCCAGAGACCAACAAAACAGAGGAACGGAGUAUGCUACGUGUUCUAUCAGGCUGCCAAAACCUGGGACCAAGCUCGCAACGCUUGCCAUGGCAAGGGAGGCAACCUCGUUAUCAUCCCCGACAGACCGACGCAAGACUUCCUGGUAGCCUCCCUUCGUUCGCUACGCUGGCCGCGACCUGGUGUGUGGAUAGGAGCGACUGAUCGCGAUGAGGAAGGACAGUGGAUCUGGCAGGGGACAAGUGUGCGGCUGAGCUACCAAAACUGGGCACCAAAUCAAAUUCGCCAGCCGCCUGCAGGUAGGUCUGGUUCGAAGGAGACGGAAUCCAACGACAGGGAGGACUGCGCCCAAAUCCGGAUAGUGGACACCGGCCGCUGGCACGACUUCCCUUGCAAUGUGUCAUCAUCGUACAUUUGUCAGUUUGGUUCUGUCUCGAGACCACGACCACGAGACAAGUGAGAACUACACAUGCAACUAGGGUUACCACACAGCGCACGCACACAAGAACAGUGACGUCAACUGCAAAGGUUCCUCCCACUUAUCCCUCCACGACUGUUAGAUCGGCCACUACGUCCAAACGUACCUCGACGACUGUAAAAGCAGGCUCUACAUCCAAACGUACUUCGGCGAUCCCGGCAACAACCUCCCGCCACUCAGUAACAACCCGAAAUAAGAAUCCUUUCGCACAGACCUCUAAGACCCCAAUAACAGUCCGACCUCACACAGUUUCGUCCAAAACCCGAACCCAAACUUUCACCUCUUCACCUUCAACACCAAGUCCAGCAAAAAUUGUUCACAACACUUCAUUGUUGACCACAGCGACCGUCAGGUACAAACUUUCAACAACGACCCCCAGAACAUCAUUUGCGUCGAAAUCUAGGCCGUCAUCAGGCAGCCCAUCGUCAAGCUUGCACCCCAGGCUUGCAGGCACCAGUCCAAGGAGUUCUGUGAGAAUCGCCACCAGGUCUAGUUUCACGAGCUCAAAAUUUGCUGUUAGAACAGCUUCCACAUCCAAGGCGGCCUCCUUACGCGCAGUGUCGGCUACCAAGGCAACCAGUCACAGGACUGCACCGUCAGCCCGUACCGUUACUGGAAAGCCGGUAUUCACGUUAACCCCAGCACGAACCCCAGCAUCUUCCUCAACCUCGCAUUCAGCACCAUCCAGGACAACGACCGCUCAUUACAUUCCAAGGAGGACAGCAAGACCACCAGCAGUGCCUCACAACAACCACCUGUACACUACGCGCUCCACCCUUCACCGGGGUGAAGCUCUCUCCAAAGAAUGGAACAGCCCAGGAACCGUCGCUGGCAUCGUCUUGGGGUCUCUCUUUGGUGUCGUCGUUAUCGCUGCUGCUGUCUACUUCAUCUGGAGUAAAUGGACGAGCCCCAAACUACUCUUCCCCGAUCAGGACGUGGCGUUUGAGAACUAUUCCUUCGGGUCCUCUAUCUUAUUGAAGACUGACACCCACUCUUCCUCUUUUUCCUAAAGCGCUUGCGGGGGAACUGGAGGGAGGGGGAGGGGUAGUUCUCGCUGGAGAUUCAGGUGCGACUCCUGUACAUGUUCUGUAAGAAGACUGGUUGUUGAAGUCUACGCACACCGGAUCACCGUGAGGCCGUGGAGGGUUAUGUGAAGUUCAUGCCGACACCUCAGACUCCGUUGAUUGAUUUGUCAACCUUUACCAAAUGACAAAAUUAGUAUAAAUUAUACAGAAAAGAAAGGUAUUAAAAAGUUCUUUUCCCGGCAUCCCAUCCAGAACCCUUUGUUCGUCAUGUGACCAGCGGACGCGGUCUACACGUCACCGGCUGACAAUUUUAUUAGUCCACAAGGGCAGUUAUAGCUGUUAUCUAUGAUGGAAUAGCGCAGUGGAACUCCCUUCCCACAAUAGUCUUUUAAAAAUGCAUUAACAACACAGCUUUUCUCUCCUAACUACUCCUAAUCGCAAUUCUUAUUUCUACCUCACCUUUUUCUUAAUCCCUUGAUUAGUCUGUCCUGUCGAUAUCCUAUUGUUACCUUUCAGCUAUUUCUCUUUAUUUUGUUGCUUCGUCUCUUUGCUAUCUCUUGUACUUCAUCGUCACCAUUGUCCAUCUCUCCGUUCCUACGUGUAACCUGAAUAAGUCCUGAGUUCAGAUCUCGUUUCGGACACAGUUUUUUCUCUGAAUGUGGCACCUUGCUGCUUUGCCGUGUAGUUGUAGUUGCUGGCUUGGCGUUAAACACCAAUUCCACCUUCACACCCUUCGUGUACUGCAUAUUGACCUCGUCUUCGUGUCGCGAGAUGAGUGCACAAAAUUAUAAUUACCACAGUUAUGGUGAAAAGAGAUAAACGGACAAGAAGAAAUUUAACAUAAUUACGCGAAGAAGGAACUCGAUCAAUUAUACUGACAGGGGCAUCAUGACAAAAUAGCAGAAAACAGUAGUUCUAGGCCAUUUCGAACAUCCCUCCAAACAUUUAUUUCUUUUCUAUAGUUGUGUUUGAUAGAGGUUGAAAAAAGAAGCCAUGCUCAACACCCCUAAAACACUUUUAGCCAUUGCUUCCUAAUUACAACCUACCGUCUCUCACGCACGUGAUGCCGCGCCCGAACACCUACGAACGUGCACUCUUUUUAAUCACUUAACCACAUUCAGCAAGGAGCGCAUUAAUAAAUUAAAAAGCGAUAAACUCACAGACGGUUUCGCUUACUACACCGCGGCCACAUGUUGCCCGGUCGUUGACUUGCAGAUUUUCAGAACAAAAGAGCGGAUUCAGGGGAGACAAACGCUUCUGUCAGGUGUGUGUGUGGCUCUCUUCAGUUGCCAAGGUCCUUCUCGUGGUCAAAAGAAGUCGAUAGUAAAGUUAAAAGAAGAAGAAAAGCCGCCUGAUCGAAUUAUCCACAAGUGUUGCGGCACGACACCCAAGUAUUGUAGCCGUGCAACACCUUAGCAACAGGUUGGCGUGGGGAUUAGAAUGAUUAGCGAGAGUAGAGGCGAAUUAAAAGUGAAUGAAUCAAGAAAUGAAAGAUAAAGGGCUGUAAUCAAAUAAAGUUCAGUAAAAAUCGAA